CACUACGAAUCAAAAGAGCUUUGUUGCUUUCAGUAUUAUUACUGUGACACUGUCGAAGCUUUCUCUUUCUGCUUUUAACUCGUGACCUGAUUCGCUGAGUUCACGAAGCCCGAGUCAAAAACACUUAUCAACGAUGAGCUGGAUUCGUAGAAUCGAUCUAAUCGAUCCGUACACUUGUUCACCUAUCGUCGUCAGAGAAACCUCCAUCAUCGAACCUUCAGCAUUGUUAUUAGGGUUUCCUUCGUUCAUCGACGACGAGGUUGAAGAUCUCGGUUUCCCUUUCGGGUUUCCAUCCCCUUCCCCGAUUGAUCUAUUCGAAAGCGUGACGGAUCUGGUCCAGAUUGAGAAAUCUCCGUCGUCUUGCAAGUACCAGCUGAUUCGCCGGAAGGUGGAGCCGGAUUAUCCUCUCCGGUAUCUCUGCGACCGAGUUUCUGAUUUGGAAACUAAGUUUGACCGAUUGGUCGGCCCAAAGAGCCGUGAUUCUGACCGGAAGUACAAAUUGACGAAGGAGAUCAAAGGGUCUGGAGAACGGAAGUACAGAUGGGAGGCGGAGAUUCAGGGGACGCCGGGAAGGAAGUACAAGAUGGAGGCGGAGAUCGAAGGUUCGGGGGAGAGGAAGUACACGUGGACGACGGAGAUCAAAGGCGGGAAGAAGGAUGAGGAACGCCGCCUAGUUGCUCUGAAGAAGGCAAAGGCGAAAGCUGAUGCUGAGGCUGCUGAAGCGGAGGAGGAGAAGAAGACGAAGAAGAAGAAGAAGAAGAAGAGCUACAAUUGGACGACGGAGUUGAAGUCGGAGAGGGAGAACGGAGAGAUGUCUCACACUUACACGAUCAAGGCUUCCACUGGAGUCGAGAAGGGGAAACACGAGGAGAAGGAGAAGAAGGAGAAAAAGGACAAGAAGAGCAAGAAGAAGGAGAAACCUCGUGUUGUAGUGAUAGAGGAGGAUGAAGAAGAAGAAGAUGAGUCGGAAGAACAUCGAGCCAUCAUUCUCAAGAAGGCGUUUUCCAGAAGAAAUGGAGCAGUUAGGACCAAGAAGGGGAAGAACAAGGAAAUGUCGCCUGAAGAUGCGUCUGUGAUGAUCCAGAGGGCUUUCAGAGCUUAUUUGAUUCGCCGGUCAAAAGCAUUGCGUGCUCUUCGUGAUCUAGCUAUUGCAAAGACUAAACUGAAGGAGCUGAGAGCUUCAUUCCAUAACUUCAGCUACCGUCGUCUGAUUUCUCGUGAUGCCGAGGAGCGUCAGAAAUUCUCUGAAAAGAUCAUUGUACUCCUCCUCACAGUUGAUGCCAUAGAGGGAGUUGAUGUAAUGGUCCGAGGAGCAAAGAGAUCAAUGGUGGAUGAGCUGGAAGCAAUGUUGGAUGUUGUAGACCCGCAACCGCAGGGGAAAUCAUUGUCGAUGAGGAGAAGAACUUUCGAUAUGCCAGACAGUAUGAUCCGCAAUGAAAUUGCUGAUGGAGUGACUCAGAUUGUGCAGAUGCUUGAAACAGAGGAAGAAUGAUGGAACUAUCUGUGCGUGAUUCAGAGGCUGUUUUGUUGUGUUUGUGUCUGGGUAUAAUUCCCUCUUUAGUUGGCUUAGUGUUUUUUGAAUGUUUCUAAUUAUGGAGAAAAAAAAUAAUGGGGGUGGCUUGAAAAACAGAGUAGUGUCUGUUUAUUAGUCUCAUCUCUCAAAAUGUUGUCUUUUGUCUUCGUGUGUUGUGUUUUAUCAGUUUAUGUAAUCCCUUUGUGUUCCAAACUUGUAGACUCUGUGUUUUCAAAUAGUUUAUGUUUUGACUCUGCUUGU